AGUUGAUGGUUCAACCCCUGUAAUUUGUGAUUGAGGAACGUCACUGACGUAGACAGAGGGGGCAUCUGCGCCAGAAAAUCGGAGCUUCAGAGAGAGGGGCUAUGGCGACACUCAUAAGCAGCUUCAUAUCAGCGUUCAUGGCGGGCCAUGCCAACUCCAGGUGGUAUUUCUGGAAACCCUCGACGCCUUUUUCUACACGAGUUGUCCGCCCAAAUGUUCGAGCGUCUUCGGCAGCCGUCCUCGAAACUAGGCCGGAGCCUAUUGCAGUUGAAAGAGAGGCCAGCACGAGCAAGAACAUUUUGGCUUGUCCCAUCUGUUAUGACCCGUUGAUGUGGAAUGGUGAUCCAGGCUUAUCUGUAGAACCUGCACCUAGGUCCACUUUAAAAUGCAGCACUUGUAAGAAGACUUACUUUGGCAAUGAAACAUAUAUUGACCUGACAUUAGCUGGUGGGGCCAAGGACUAUGCUGAAGCAAUGCCUGCUUCCACUGAGAUUUUUAGGACUAGAUUGGUAUCAUUUCUCUAUGAGAGGGGCUGGCGUCAAAAUUUUAUAUUUGGUGGUUUCCCAGGGCCAGAGAAGGAGUUUGAAAUGACAAAGAAGUACCUCACACCGAUCUUAGGUGGAACAAUUAUUGAUGCCAGUUGCGGGAGUGGUUUGUUUUCGAGACUUUUUGCCAAGAGUGGAUUAUUUUCUCUUGUUGUUGCUUUGGACUUCUCAGAGAACAUGUUGCAGCAGUGUUAUGAAUUUCUUAAGCAGGAUGAAAGCAUUCCCAAAGAGGACUUAAUCUUGGUCAGGGCUGAUAUAUCUCGACUCCCAUUUGUUUCAAGUUCUGUUGAUGCUGUGCAUGCUGGUGCUGCUUUGCACUGUUGGCCUUCACCCUUGGCAGCUGUGGCUGAAAUAAGUCGAGUUUUGCGACCUGGUGGAGUUUUUGUUGCUACUACAUAUAUACUUGAUGGGCCGUUUGCUAUGUUUCCAUUUUUACAGACACUACGCCGGAACAUUGUGCGAUUCUCAGGCAGCCGCAUCUUUUUAUCUGAAAAUGAACUGGAAGGUCUUUGCAGAUCUUGCGGGCUACUGGGUUUUACUAGCGAGAGGAAUGGGCCUUUUGUUAUGAUCUCUGCUACAAAACCGAGCUAAGCAUAUGGUUCUUUGUGCCUAUGCCUCUUUGCCUCAAUUUUUCAGAAUUUAUUAAGUUCAUUUUUAUUUGGACGUUUACUGCAGAAAGCUAAACUUGUGUGUGUUUCUUGUAUAUGAAGGUUAUGUUUAAAUUGUUGAGGUUUUAUCACCCACAUCUGUAAAAAUUAGGUCAUUCAUGGAUGGAAAAGACUUAUAGAGUGCAGUGAACGGGGUGAAAGGUUGUUUUAUAUGUUGUUGCCCAUGGAUUAUGUCUUAUUUAAAGUUUGCCAGUUUAAAAGAUGGCUUUGUUAAACUA